UACUUAAUGGAAAAUAGACCGUACGGAUUUAAUCCGGAACUGUUUCCACCAGAUCCUAACACUUGUCCUCCCUCAUUAUCAUACCCCCCUCACUGUUAUCCACCGUCACCACAAACCGAAUGCAAUGACCAUCAACAAUCAACUGGUUUUUUAUACGAAAAACGAAAAGGAUACUAUUGGGUGAGAGGUAACUGCCGCAGCGGAGUACCAAACAAUGCGGUGAAAGGAGGAAUGGACCAGGAUGGUAGCACUAUCUUUGUUGGAAGGGCUGAGCACGAAGGUGAUUACAUUCCGGCUAAAGUAAUUCCCGAUAGGAACGAAGCUUACGUUGCUUAUGGUGGUGAAGAACAUUCCAAGACUGAAUUUGAUAUAUUGUGCGAACAAAGAUUUAGAUGGGAAGUCCAUGAUGGUGGUGAUGUCCCGUAUGGAGCUGUUGAAGGUGGAAGGACAUGCGAUGGAGAAAAACUUUACAUAGGUCGCGUCCACCACGAGGGUUCCCACACAGUAGGAAAAGUACAUCCAUCCCACGGUUGUUGCUACAUUCCAUUUGGAGGCGAAGAAAUUAAAUACGAAGAAUACGAAAUCUUGGUGUUGGAAUAAUGCAGCACAAUUAAGGCUUAAAUGCUGCUUCAUUAUAGCUUAAAUGCUUCCAAAUUAAUGCAUUAACGUAUAACAUGAAUAUACAAUAAAACUUUAACAUUAA